AUGUACCUUUUGGCUGUGAUAGGCAAUGGCUUGGUUAUGGCAGUGGUGGCCUGGGACAGGAGUCUCCAUGAACCCAUGUAUUUGUUCCUGGCCAUGCUGGCACUCAAUGAUGUCCUUCUUUGUACUGUCACAGUGCCCAAAAUGCUCCUCAUCUUCUGGCAGGGCCCUUCCCCAUCAACGUUUCCUGCGUGUCUCACACAGAUGUUUUUUGUUCAUGCUCUGUUCCUCUCUGAAUCUGCCAUUCUACUGGCCAUGGCUUUUGAUCGCUAUGUGGCUAUCUGUGCACCACUCCGUUAUGCAACCCUAUUUACAGGCUCUCUCAUCAGCAAGGUGGCCUUGGCUCUGGUGUUUCGAAGUGUGGCCGUAGUUACCCCCGGUGUCCUCCUCAUUCUUCGCCUGCACUUCUGCCGGAGCAACAUUAUCCGCCAUACCUACUGUGAGAACAUGGUCAUUGCCAAGUUGGCCUGCAAUAGCAUUGCCCUUAAUAGCAUUUAUGGGCUCACUGCAGCUCUCCUCACUACAGGGCUGGACUUUGUUCUCAUAUCCCUGUCCUACUGGGUAAUCCUGAAAACAGUCUUUAGGCUACCGUCUAGGGAAGCCCAGACAAAGGCCUUUGGAACCUGUGGAGCUCAUAUAUGUGUCAUCUUGAUAUUCUACACUCUGGCCUUCUUUUCCUUCUUUACCCAUCGCUUUGGAAAACAUGUGCCCAGGCACACCCUUAUUCUCUUGGCAAACCUCUACUUACUGGUGCCACCUACCAUGAACCCCAUUGUUUAUGGGGCAAAGACUAAACAGAUAAGGAUGAAACUACUAGUGCUCUGUCACCAUUCAAAAUGA